GUAAACUGACUGCAUUUUACAGAUCACAUGACUGCACGACUGAACAAGUUCUUUGUUAACUGCAAAGUCAAUCAGCCUGCUGCCUGCAGGCAUUGUGGGCUGUCUUCCGUGCACUCUUACACAAGCUACCUUUGACUUUUUGGAGUACUCCUACAGAGGAUAUCACGCCGAGUGGACCAAGAUGAAGAACAUUUCCCUGCUUCUGUUGGUUGCAUUAACAGCCCUCGCGGAGUCUCAACAAGACAUCAGCCGUGCCAAGCGGGAGCUUUUGGUGCGUUCCAAAAGAAGGUGGGUUUUGUCUACAAUUGAAAUUGUAGAGGAAGAUAAAGGGCCAUUCCCCAAAAAAAUUACAACGAUGUAUAAUGACAAGACAAAUGAGGAGGGGCAAAUCUACCAGAUCCACGUAACGAGUGACACCGACUCGUCGGUGUUCUCAAUCAAUGAAAACACCGGAGACGUCUUUGUCCACAGAGCUAUCGACAGAGAGACAACUGAUUUCUUCAAAAUCUCGUUUGAUAUAUUAAGCAAAGCGUCGCACACUGCAAUAGACGAGAAACUAGCUUUUGAUGUACAAGUAAAGGAUAUCAAUGACAACGCGCCAACAUUUUUCGACCUUCCUACGAAUGUGGAUGUGAAGGAAAACUCUGAAGAGGGGUUCUUGCCAGUGCAGCUGAAGGCCUCGGACAGAGAUCAGACGAACACACCUAACUCAAAAAUCACCAUCAGAUUGGUCAAACAGACCCCAGCCGAGCCCAAGAUUGGUUUGGAGGUGAUUAGUGACGGAAUGGCCCAGCUCACCUUUACGGGAUGUUUUGACUACGAUAAAGAAAAGACAUAUAAAGUUACUGUUGAAGCAAAAGAUCAUGGAAACCCGCCCCUUUCCUCUACUGCUGUUGUUACUCUCAAUGUUGUUGACUCAAACACUCAUCCACCGACAUUCAAGGAGAAAAAGUACCAAGGUAAAGUGUUAGAAUCAACCAUCAAGGACGAUAUUUUGAGAAUUAUGGUGGACGACAAAGACACGCCUAAAACUCCAGGCUGGCGUGCCAAAUACUUCUUCAUUGAAGGGAAUCAGGAAGGGAACUACAAAAUUGAAACUGACCCCGCAACUAAUGAGGGCAUUCUGAGCGUCAUCAAGGCCAAGGAUUACGAGACGACAACUAAUACUACCCUGGUGGUUGGAGUAGAGAAUGAGGAACCUUUAUUUGUUUGUAAAUCUAAAUCACCUGGUCAUGCCCGCCCACCUCCAGAUAGAGCAAACAUCACAAUUAAAGUGAUAGAUGUCAAUGACCCACCUUACUAUGAGAAAGCUUCAGUUGAUGUGUACCAGAAAGAAGAGGAGGCGCCGGGAAAGGUGCUGUUCACGCCAAAAGUGAAAGAUGAUGACUCCACCGAAAUCAGGCAUAUCAUCAUAAAAGAUCCAGCUGGCUGGGUGACCAUUGAUGAGAAAACAGGAAAAAUCACAACAACUAAGAAGAUGGACAGAGAGUCACCUUUUGUUGAUGACAAAGGCAUUUACAAAAUAAUCAUCGGUGCUGUAGAUAAUGGUGAGCCUCCAGCCACAGGUACAUGCACUGUCCUGGUCCACCUCGGGGAUAUCAAUGACAAUGUGCCCAAGCUGGUCAGUAAUAGGGUCAUUAUGUGUGGAAACAAGGACAACAAGGUCAUGGUGUCUGCCAACGACACAGACGCCAAUCCUUUCAGUGCACCCUUCACCUUUUCCCUGGGGGGUGAUGACAAAACUCUGACGCAGCGAUGGAAACUAGACCCUUCCUUUGGUAAGGAAGGUGGGCUGGUUAGCCUGACGACCCUUGCUUAUGGUAACUACUCAGUGCCCCUGGAGAUUAAAGACCAACAGAGCUCGACUGGACGUGAAAUUUUGAACGUGGUAGUGUGUGACUGCGGAGAGGCAGAUGUUUGUCGUAGAAAAGUGCCGUCUUCAUCCAGCCUUGGGCCAGCUGGCAUCGGACUGCUCUUUCUAGGACUCCUAUUGUUUUUGUUACUGCUCCUCCUCUUUAUCUGUCAGUGUGGAGAUAAGACGAAGCACAUGCCCAUGGUGGAGGAUGAGGGCAAACAGACCCUCAUCAAGUACAACCAAGAAGCAGGGGGCUCCGCAUGCAAGGCUGAGCCCACUCUGCUUUUGACAAACAGAAACAGUGUGGCUGUGACAGAUGGCCUGAAAACUGGCAGCAUGCAGAUGUCUCAGGCUGCUCAAGGAAUGGCCCUGGACAGGUUUACGUACAACACCUACGGGCUCACUGCCCAAAAGAACAAUACCAUGACGUCAAUGGGCAUGCAGGCUCACAGACACACUCUCAGAAGCCAGGGAGGAGGGCAGACCAUGUACUCUACAUGGGCAAACAGGUCAAACACCUACCAGGGAGGCUCAUCAAGAUAUAAACGCUCUCUCAGCCAAGUGUCAAAUCACCAGAUCACAGAUCAGAUCGCCAGGAGAGUGCACACGAUUGAUGUGGACCACCCAGUGUACGUGCCCUACGAGUAUGUCUACGAGGGACAGGGCAGCCAAUGCCAGUCUCUGGAAACCCUGUCACACAGCAGCGAGCCGGGAGAUGAUUUGAUGUUUCUAAAUAAUUUGGAUCCAAAGUUCAAGACCUUGGCAGGCAUCUGUCACCAGACACUUCAAGAAAAGAACAUCCAGAUCUAAAAAGCACCACUGGACUGGGAUUUUUUCAUCAAGCAAGUUGCUAUUCGGUCCGAGGUUGACAUUGUGAUUUUGGACGGAUUUGACUGAAUCUUUGAAGAAAAGAUAUAUGACAAUGGUUGGAUUACAUCUCACAUAUUCGUUUAUUGCAUGUUGGCAUCCCCACGGAACAAGGAUUCAUAGCUUUUGAGGUUUAAGGUUUGGGGUUUGUGGACGAUUUUGCUUGCUUGAAGAUUGGGGCACUGCACAAACUGCCUCUGGUGCUCUGGUGAUUUUGAAAUGUUACGUUUGACAGUGACUGGGUGUGUUUUUUUUACUUUGAUAUUUUAAGAGCGAUUGCUGCCAAAUCGCAGUGAGUGCUUUCAGCAGCCCAUCCUUUCUAGCGCUUUGUCAGAUCUCUGCAGAGUAAAUCCAGACAGCGCGCUAAAAUCUGAGUUUUCUCUUGACUAAAACAACUUUUGAACAUAAACACGUUUUUAAACUGCAUGUUCAUCUGUGGUAUAUAAGUUGUUUUAUUUCUGACAGUUACCACCAACAUAUCCUGUGCCGAAAUUUGACUGGUUAAAAUUAUUGCAGUUCGACAGUACUGGGACAAUGGUAUUUUUUAUAAUAAACAGAGAUACCAUACCUGUUUGAGUCCUGCUGUUUAUGAUUUGGUGAUACAGUGUUGGGGUAUUAAUAAUCUUGCAACAGUACAUAGUUCCUUUCUUGCUUUGUUUCUUGUGUGCAUUUUUGAAUCUGCACUCUUAAACGUGCAUUCUUUCAGAAAACAUUGACAUAGAAGUAUAACAAAAUGAUACCAAACAAUAUACUUUAACAGAUGGACAAGAUAAUUGUUUUGGGCAUUUUAGGCCUUUAUUAUAUGGGACAGCUGAAGGUGUGAAAGGGGGAAUAGCAUGCCGCUGCAACUAGUGCUGAGCCUUUGUACAUACAUGUUUAGUUGCUUGUAUAACUUAAUCCUUUACAUUUCCACGCUAGGCAAGGCAAGGCAAGGCAGCUUUAUUUGUAUAGCACAUUUCAGCAACAGGGCAAUUCAAAGUGCUUUACACGAAAUCAGUUAAACAGAUAAAACACAAGUACAAACAGUUAAAAAUCAUAAGCAUUAAAAACUAAUAAAACACAUGAAUAGAGAGUUAAAAACAGAUAAAGAGAUAAGCGCUAGAUAAAGAGGUUGUCAUGCAGCGUGUCAGAAGGGUACAGAGUUUAGUCAGGUUGACUUGGGUUGAUGUUUUCUUACCCUGCCUUUCAUACCAGUGACAAUCCUACCUAAUAUUGUGUAAUGUACAAUUUCUGAAACUACAUGACCACACAUGGUUGGCUCUGUAAGCUGUUGCUAAAAGUUACAGUGUUCACCCUUCAGUCUGUCAACAGAUGUGGCAGAACGUGUUUUUUGAUAAAUCCAUGUACUGUAGAGACUGUAAAUGCAGUUUAGGUGUGUUGUUCAAAUGUUCAAUGUUCAAAUUUGACACUCUGACGUUGGUUCAUUUGCAUGCAUAACCCAGAAAACCAACAGGUUGCAGUACAGGAUAUGGCUAUGUUCACACUUUGCAUCUUUUUUUAAACUACUAGCGUCUGCUUUACAUUAUAAUCCUGUGGUGUAA